AUGUCGCUGAAAUCCCCUACCGAAGCGGACGUCGAUGUGACGCAGUUAGUUCAGAAAGAACCCAAGCGCAAAUGGGUCAGUUAUAUUUGGGACACGUUUGACAAGUCACCAGAGGAGCGUCGCUUGCUUUUCAAAUUGGACUCGGCCAUUUUAACGUUUGCAUCGUUGGGAUAUUUUAUCAAAUAUCUGGAUCAGAUCAAUAUCAACAAUGCAUUUGUCUCUGGAAUGAAGGAAGAUUUGGGAAUGUACGGCAACGAACUCAACUACAUGCAGACAUGCUGGACUGUCGGCUACGUUAUUGGAGAAAUUCCUAGCAAUAUACUCCUGACACGCAUUAAGCCACGAUAUUGGAUUCCGGCUAUGGAGCUUCUCUGGACGGUUCUCACAAUGUCAUUGUCUCGGUGUAACACUCCUACUCAGUUCUAUGUUCUUAGAUUUUUCAUUGGUCUCGCUGAAAGUACUUUCUAUCCUGGAAUGCAGUAUAUCAUCGGUUCAUGGUACCGGAAAGACGAGUUGGCAAAACGGUCAUGCAUUUUUCACACGAGCAGCGGAAUUGCCAGUAUGUUUUCUGGUUAUUUGAUGGACGCGGUUUUCCACCUCGGAGGGCGAGGAGGGUUCAAGGGUUGGCAGUGGCUGUUCAUUAUCGAUGGGGUUAUUUCCCUGCCCGUGGCUAUUAGUGGAUUCUUCAUCCUUCCCGAUGAGGUCAAUCUCGCCCAGGAGCGAAUGAAAUUGGAAGGAAGACGGAACAGAGAGCCUUACACAAAGUCAAAGCUGAAGAAAAUCUUCACCUCAUGGCACAUCUAUCUUCUAACCUUGCUUUAUAUAUGUUUCAACAAUGCUGCCGCUGGAAGUCAGCCUAUUUUCCAACAGUUCCUCAAACACUCAAAAGAUCCGGUAUAUUCAAUUAGCCAGAUCAAUUCGAUACCAACCACCACCCCAGCGGUUCAAGUUGUGACAACCCUUGCCUACGCGUGGUUAUCAGAUACUGUCCUCAAAGGCAGGCGUUGGCCCCCGAUUAUUUUUGGCGCUUGCGUCAACAUCAUAAGUUAUGUCUCGCUCGCAGUUUGGGAUAUUCCGAUGGGAUGGAAAUGGACUUGUUACAUUAUCAGUGGAGCUGGAUACGGACUGAGUGGUCUGUUAAUGGCCUGGGCCCAUGAGAUAUGCUCUGAAGAUAACGAAGAGCGCUCCUUGGUUAUCGGAAGCAUGAACGAAAUGGCUUAUGUUUUCCAAGCCUGGCUGCCUCUUGUCGUAUGGCAGCAGGUCCAUGCGCCGGAAUACCGCAAGGGGUUUAUCACCGUCAGCGUUCUGUCUAUUAUCUUGAUUAUCAGUACCUUUGGUGUUCGUUUCCUUCAUAAAAGAGAGAAACCGAGAAAAGGUAGGAACCAGAUCCAUGAGGCAGAGAAAACAGAAGAUAGCUCCUCGGAUUCGCGCGGAAUAACCCCCAUUGAUCCAAUUGAGACAAAGCCUACCAAGUCUUGA